GAGUCCGGGCGCCGCUUCCCUGGACGAGGAGGCCUCCGCCUCCCGAGUCAAGCGCCGCCGUCUCCUCCGCCUCCCGAGCAAGCACCGCCGACUCCUGCGCCUCCCGAGUCGAGGCGCCGCCGCCUCCACCUUCUGAACGGCGCCGCCCCUCUACCGUCACGCCCAGUCUGCGCCGCCCUCCAUCUCCUCCCCGGCAUCUCCCCCGUGUCCUCCCUGUCCAGCGCCGCCGUCUGCCUCCCCACCCAGUGCCGCCGUCUGCCUCCCCAUCCAGCGCUGCUCGUCCGUCUCCCCGUCCAGCCGCCGCGUCAUCACCGCCCCUCGUCAGCGCAGAUCCGGUUUCUGCGCCGCGGCCAAAUGUCCGAUCUGCAUUGCUGCUCUAGCAUCUUCAGGGUGUAGAAGUUUUGAGCUGGAGUCAAAUUUUGUGAUGUUGUUUAACUUGAUGCUUAUAAGUUGGAAGUGGUGCACCACCGUUAUGCAUUGCUCUGCUCUAUGUGGUGGUAAACCUCAAGAUAUGAUGCCGCUCGGUUGGAUGCAAGUGCCAAGUAACUAAGAUGAGUUUAUUUAGCAGCAAACAUGCAUUGUGAAUCUCAUGACUUGAGGUUGGCAUUUGUACUGAAGACAUGGGGUUGGCAUUUGUAUUUAUAAAUUUGAAUGUAUGGAUGAUCAUGCAAUGCAUUGUCUUGCGUAUUGAGUACUUGCUACAAUUAUCAAACAAUCAGUUUGUUAGAGGAGUCAAGGGCCUAUUGGGCCUUAGCCCAUUAGGGUUAAUUAGUCGCUUGCUUAAGGGUCAAGUAAACCUCUCUAUAUAAGGAGAGGAGAUGUAUCAAUCUAAUCAAGCAAGAGAUUAGAAGGAAAUCCCUUCUCUCUUGCCGGCCGUGGGCGAAGCCCCGCGGCCGGCGUUCCCAGCGCCCCCAACCCUAGCCGCCGCUCUCUCGCCCUCGCAGCCGCCGCCUCGUGAACAGUACCCGCGGUACUGUAGCGCCGCCGCCUCCUCCCUCAGCACUCUCUCCUCUCGAUCCCAUCAGCAUUCAUAACAUCUGGUAUCAGAGAUGUCAGGCCCCCCUGCGACCUCCGCCCCCCAACCGCCGCCGCCGCCGCCACCGUCGUCCACCAUGGCACUCGCGCUCUCUUCGUCCUCGACCGCGCCAUCCUCGUCGUUCCCCCAGGGCGCGACGCCCCCCAACUUCGUCAUGACGCCGGCGCAGUUAACCGCCGCCGUCCUCAACUUGGGCCAACAGUUGGCCGGGAUCCGCGACCUUCUCCUGCAGCGCCAGGUGGACGACUUCUCCGCACAGAUGGCAGCCCUGGCACCGGUCGCGUGGCCGCCCUCGAAGCCUGUAUGGUCGCCGCCGUCGCCGCCCGUCUGGUUGCCGCCCUCGACGCCCGUGUGCUCCCGCCCUCGCCGUCCGUGUGCCCGCCAUCCGCACCCGGGUGGCCGCCGACGGCAGCCCUUACGCCGGUUGAGUGCCUGCCGCCUUCCUCCAUCGCGGCGACCUCGCACCAGUUGACGCGGCUGGCGGCGGUCAAAGGCACGCCAUCACCCUCAGCGCAGCCGCCUCUGCCGUUAGAUCCGGUUAUCCCGGAGGAUUUCGUCGCGCCGCAGGUCCCGCAACCAGCCUGCGGGCUCCUGGCUGCCGCGGAGAGCAGCAGCCCGGCACUGUUGUCCUUCCCUCCUGCGUCAAUCCCGCCGUUCACCACCACCAGCCCCGCGCCACCGCAACAGCACUGCGCACGCGCUUUCUUCGGGGGCGUGGAUGGCAUCCAGGCAUCGGCGGCGGUGCGGCUACAGGCUGCAGCACGCGGCCUCCUAGCGCGGCGACGGCUACAGAAGAUGCGCUUGGAGAUGCAAGAGGCGGCUUUGACAGCGAUCGACCUCGGCAAUUGGGGGCGCAACCUCGACAAAUGGGGGCGCGACCUCGCCCCGUCAGACGGCCACCAGCGCUCGUGCCAACUCGCCGCUGUCUUCACGCGCAUGCAUGGUAGCGAACUCCAAUUCUACAGCAGCGAUAGGGGAGGCGCUUUCCUCCUUGACAUCGGCGGAGGCACAUUGCCUGGCGCCAUCACGUUCCGUCACCGGCCACCACGAGGACGUCUCCGCUGGUCGCUGUCGCGACUAAUUUCCGGUGGCCAUACCUAUCCUCCCCUCUCGUUCCGAUGGUCUCCAUGGGAUCCAGGCGGCUACUUACGUGCAGGUCCAGCACAAGGAGGGUGUCCGCCGUAUCUUCAAGAGUCAAAAAUAAAGAAUUGCAGUUUAUUUAAAAUAAGCCGAGAUGUAAAAGGCUUGUUCUUAGGUUUUCGGUUUGCAUCUAGUGGAGUCAUCAUUAGCGUCAUUGUUAGGUUGCAGCGCGAGGACGAGCUGCAUGUCCAGGUGGGGUGUAGUGUUAGAGGAGUCAAGGGCCUAUUGGGCCUUAGCCUAUUAGGGUUAAUUAGUCGCUUGCUUAGGGGUCAAGUAAACCUCUCUAUAUAAGAGAGGAGAUGUAUCAAUCUAAUCAAGCAAGAGAUUAGAAGGAAAUCCCUUCUCUCUUGCCGGCCGUGGGCGAAGCGCGGCCGGCGUUCCCAGCGCCCCCAACCCUAGCCGCCGCUCUCUCGCCCUCGCAGCCGCCGCCUCGUGAACAGUACCCGCGGUACUGUAUCACCGCGGGUACUGUAGCGCCGCCGCCGCUUCCCUCAGCGCUCUCUCCUCUCGAUCCCAUCAGCGUUCAUAACAUCGGGUAUCGUCAAGGGCCUAUUGGGCCUUAGCCCAUUAGGCCCUCGACUCCUCUAACACAGUUUCCCAUUUUCUUAUUUUUCCUUGAUUUUUUCUGAUUUUUUAAGACUAUUUUUUUUGCUCUAGGGUUUCCUCCCCUGGUUCUCCAAAUAGAGGCGGGGAUUUACUAACCCAAGUGGGAAUGGCACCCAGGGAAAUCAAUUGACGUAAUAAUCCCUACGUGGGGUGCCUUCCCUGGGCUAGCUACCCCCUGCUUCCCAAACUAAGCCUAACUGUGCUAUUUGUGUUGGGAUCUGACCAUGUAUUUUUACCUACUAACUUCGAUCCUAUACUGGGUCCGCCCCUGGAAUUAGAUUCUUUCCUUUUUUCCCCCCUUUUCUACGGCAUCAGACCGAUCCUUCUUUCUCUGAAUCCUGUCGAAUUUACUGUGAUUCAUUUGAUGCGUGUCAUGUACACAGAGUUGGUCUUCAUUAUCCUCCGCCCCUGAUGUCGAGGCUGCGAGCUUUGUGGCAAGCUUCCUUUAACGCCACCAAGAGAGCUCUUGUAUGGAGUUCAGAUGAUCUAAUUCCACCAAGCGAAAGAUAUAUCUUCAAUUUUAACUCAAAAGAUGAGCUGAAAAGGUGGCAUUUGUACUCAGAUUCAGAGUACGGAGGUUUAUCUUCUGCAUCAUUGGAGAUAACUGAUAGCACUGCUGGUGCAGAUACUUCAUUAACUGGUGUGUUUUCUGGUAAUCUUUCUUCGGAUAUGUCUGAGGACUCAACAUGGAGGAUCAGGCGCUAUGGAUUCUGCGGAAUGCGAUCAAAGAAGUUUGAUGGUUUCAUUGACCUUGAUGCAUAUGAUACAAUAGCAAUGAAGAUCAAAGGGGAUGGAAGAUGCUACAUAUCUACCAUAUACACAGAGAAUUGGGUGAAUUCACCAGGACAACAAGAAGAUAAUUCAUGGCAGGCUUUUGUGUACACACCUCAGGGCAGAUGGCAAAUACUGAAGUUUCUGUUUCAUUCAGAUCCCUCUUGAUCACUAUUUACCUACAUGGAGAGGAAAUGUGAUUGAGGCAAAGUUGGAAAUGAAUCCUGCUCGUAUUGUGGGGAUGUCUCUCUCUGUAAAUGCAGAAGGCGGUGUUCCUGGUGCCAAGACUGGGACUGGUGAUUUUAGGCUAGAAGUUGAUUGGAUCAAGGCAUUGAGAACACUCUGAGGUCCACGAGUCAUAGUCUUAUUUGAGCGCUCAAGGAUGGCAAUGGCAUUUUCUUUCUCUUCUGUUUCACCAGGCGCUGCCAUUGCUGGAAUUUUGUCAGCGACCAAAACCUCAUGACUACAUGAGUAACAGUAGUUCAGAUUGCCCGCUCCUGUAUGUACUUUUACGUGUAUGAAAUUUCCAUGUUUGUUGGUAAACAUGGAAGGCUGCUGCAGUUCGGCACCAAUGAAUAAUAAAUAUUGUUUUCCAUUUGAGGUUUAUAAAUAAAUGAUUAAAUUAAAAAUGCA